CAUGUUUCGCAUUUCAAAGCCAGGAGGUCCCAUAUCGCAGUGAUCGCCUUCAUAAGAGCGAGGCCGGGUCUGCAACAUGCUCCCGGGGAUUCUUCCUUCAUCAUCGUCACUCGUCGCCGCCUUGUCUUCUGUGCUUCUCUGGUCUGUCGCUCAUUCAUCGCCAACGUUUGGAUCUGGAUCCUCCACUCCAUUCAUCACAAAGAGAGAUACUGUUAGAGACGGUCCGCCGCUGUCUGCUCGGGUUCUGCGGGAUACUAGAAUUCUUCCUGUGCAGAUUGGUGGCAUCGUUGCGGCAUACGGUGUUUCGUUGGUGCUGGUCGCCAUCAUCUUACUUGCGCUAUCAAAACGACGCAGAGAACAUCUUCGGGGAAGCGAUAUACCCAGCUACGUUUUCCAGCCAAACUUUCCGGUUGCAGAGUUUCAGCAACAGUUUGAAUUCACAAAUCAACAAGCCGAGGGCCAUAUUGUCCCUCCCUUGGUAAUUCCAAAGUCAGAGUACUACCACUCUGGUCCUUACAGCGCCCGAGUCUUUGACCACAAGAACGGCUCAUCCUCAUACGUCAUCCCAUCGCCUUCUUCAUCUGCAAUCCCGUCAACUCUUGGAGUCUCGCCGCUUGUAGACCAAUCAGUCGUCGCAGCAGAUAGAGCCAUGGCGCAACAACAGCUUGAGGAGAUGUACAAGUUCGUCAUGGAGCACGAGGAGGCAAAGCAGAAGGGGAUCAUUCUCGAAUCCCCGGUUGUGGCUCCGAGCCCCCAAGAGUCGACGGCAUCUGACAAGUCCAAGGGCCUCUUAUCGAAGAAGAGCAAGUCUAAGCCUGCCGGCCUCAACCUGGCGGCCGCCAAGGAAGAAAAGUCCCAGUCAAAGACUUCGGCUCUCUUCUCCUCCCUCCUUUCUCCCAAGAAGAAGGCAGCCAAGGGCAUGAACAUUUCGUCUCCCAUCAUGACACCCAUGUCGGGGACUUUUCCUCAGCAUGAGUCUCGAGAGAUGAGCGCCAUUCCGCCACGACACUAUGCUCCUCCUCCGCCACCGCCUGUCCCGACGGACCAAGUGCCAUAUGGCGCCUACAGAGCUUCGGGUGCCCCAAUCACUCCGGAUAUGUCACCUCAGAGCAUUCAAACGAUUGAUGAGCGUAUUGGAGCCUCUCUUGAUCGAAGCUCGAGGACCACUUUGCCAUAUACCGAGAGAGACCCUGAGUCGGCCACCUCGGAUCACUCGCAGGUUCCUCUGGUCGGUCUCCCAUCAUCUCCCAAGCCUGGAAGCACGUUUCCUUCGCUUCCUUCGCUUCCUUCUUCACCACGACCCGGUGCCUCCUUUUCUCGCCCUAACCCUCCCUCUGCGGUCCGAACCGGCGGUGCUCUCCCCCUUCGCGCUUAUGAGGAGCAACUUGGUUCGCCUUUCGUUACCAAUCAGACCACCAAGCAGACUGUCUUUGAGAGGACCGGCCCUCUAUCGCCCUCGGGCAGGACCCCAUUUACCGCGAGCGCCGUGCCCUACUCUCCGUACCAGCCAUAUACCCCCCUCGUCCCAAUCACUCCCGGCUUGGUCACCAGGGAGGAUCGCAAGCGCAUGAAGAGAAUGGUCCCCAAGACGCCUACCUUGGAGAUGGUCAGGAGCUCUGAUGACGUCUGGUAAAUAGGUGGAGGAGGCCCCUCAUGAGAACUGAACUGAUAAUUGUUUCAUGCAUUUGUAUUUCAUUUUUUCAAGCUUCUUUUUGUUAGAUAAUUUUGUGUGGGCGACCCCAGGGAGGGCAGCCCUUGGUUUUUUUUUCUUUUCUUUUAUCAUGUCGCCGUGAUUUCUCUUCUCUUCUCUCGUUCAUCAAAGCAGUGUCACUUCCCCCAAUUCAGACAUUCUGUUUUUUUAUUUCUUUUCAUAUUUUAUAUACCAUUGAUUUGGGGCUAGGAGCAAUAAGAUUGAGGAAGAAGGAAAAAUCAUACCCGCAUACCUAUUUUUUUUUUUUUUGACGACUGAUGAGAUUUUUGGAGGGAAUAUUUUCAUAAGCUUUAUAGGCAUAUAAAAUAUAGUAUCUCUCAUGGAGUAUUUAGUGUCUCUGAAGAAAUGGUUUAUUGGUCU